CCCUUUUGUUUACAUAAUAAUAAAGAAAAAUGAAAGGAUGUGAAAAACGUUCUCAUGUGAGGACGGUGGCUGCCUCUCUACACAUUCCAUACAUAUCAUAACGAUACUCUCUAAAUUUCUCGUCAUUCCAGCCUCUCUCUUUUCAGAUCAACAUGUGGUUUGUAUGUGGACAUUUUGUAUUUUCACUAGCAAUACUUGUGCUGUUCUUUAGCACACCAUCAUUCUCAACUUCUUUUUUGAAGACUGAAAAUAAGAUCAAAUCAGCUGUAUUUUUGUCCCCGAAAUUCGAGCUAGGACCUGGAUCAGUUAUCAAUAGAUAUUAUUAUGAUAUUGAUUUUCCAAGAGGUCAUGUAGCACUCAAGAGUUUCAAUGCUGAAGUUGUUGAUGAAGAUGGUAAUCCUAUACCCCUCCAUGAAACUUAUCUUCAUCAUUGGGCUGUUGGAAGAUAUCAUCAAAGAAAACAUGUUACACACACAGAAAAUGAUAGCCACAGGAUGCUUCAAAACUCUGCUGAUCAUGUUCUUGUGAGAAACAGUGGCAUAUGUCAAGAAAAUGUCAUUCCACAGUACUUUGGCCUUGGAUCCGAAACACGAGGAACAGCAACAGAUAUUCCGGAUCCUUUUGGUAUAGAGAUAGGUAAUCCUGAAGAGAUUCCAGAAGGGUUUGAGGAGAAAUGGUUGGUUAAUGUUCAUGCCAUCGAUACGCGCGGCGCAGAGGAUAAGUUAGGGUGCACCGAGUGUAAGUGUGAGCUUUAUAAUGUUACAGUGGAUGAAUAUGGAAGGUCUAUUAGGUCAGAUUAUGAAGGAGGUUUGUUAUGUUGUUAUGAUUAUACACAGUGUAAAUUGAAGGAAGGUUUUGAGGGGCCAAAGAGAAGUCUCUAUCUAAGAUACACUGUAAAAUGGGUCGAUUGGGAUGAUUUUAUUGUGCCUGUGAAGAUAUAUAUAAUUGAUGUUACUGAUAGUUUGAAACCAUCAGAUGAUUCAAAAGGAUUGAACUCGGAUCAUGAUUGCAAGGUUGAGUAUCAAGUUGAAUCUUGUACCACAGAUCAUAAUUUGAGAAAUGGUUGUGUUCAUGUGAUGAGGACAAGUCUCCCACUACAAACUGGUGGCUAUGUUGUCUAUGCUGUUGCUCAUCAGCAUUCAGGCGGAAUUGGAUCAACUCUAUAUGGACAGGAUGGAAGGGUUAUAUGUUCUUCUAUACCAAGUUAUGGAACUGGAAAUGAAGCAGGAAAUGAGGCAAACUAUAUUGUAGGAAUGUCCACAUGUUAUCCUAAACCAGGUUCUGUCAAGAUUAUUGAUGGUGAAACUUUGACUCUAGUGUCUAACUACAGCAACAGCAAGGAGCACACUGGAGUAAUGGGACUUUUCUACUUAUUGGUGGCAGAACAACUCCCAUACCAACACUUCAGACAUUCUACUCGUUCUUCAUUUUUUAUGGAUAUAAAUAAUAUGCUUUUAGAUAAUUAGGGACAUAUAAAGGGUAAUAUAAGUGGAGUUUCAUGGAUGGUGUCAAAGUAAUAUAUGAUUGAUCAAAGAGGAAUAAAUACAAGAUUGGCAAGUGUAACUGAGAAAUUACACUUCUCUUUGUAUUCAGCUAGCUAUAGGAGAAAAACAAGUAUGACACGGAUGUGGGUAUAUUCUCAAGUUUCCAUCAGUUUUUUGAUGCUGUGUUUUAGUGAUAUACCUAUAUAGUUUGUAUUUUUUUUUGCCUUAAUUCACUCUUUCUUGUAUCAUAUGGCUAUGUGAUAAGUUUUGACCUUUUGAAAGAAAAAGAUGGGAAAACUAGCUUCCACAGGUGGCGCCACUGAUAUACUCUAAUCAUGUUGACGGCGUUUGACAAAAAGCAAACGUCGUGAUGUUUGUUGGGAAGGGUGUAUACCAACACUUUGAGGCUUAAGUCACUAAAGAGAGUAAUGAAUGAGAGGUUAAAAGAUGUAUGUACCUUGAGUUAUGUCCAAGAACCUUUUUAUACAGUUGAUGAUGUGGUUGUCGAAGUAGGCGUUAGCGAGCACAGAUGGUUGUAACUAUUGAUCUUUGUACUUUGUUUAUGGCCGAGGACAUUACAAACA